CUUCCUACAGAUUCGCGGUGCUGCUCUUCAACUGCCUGCUCACCUUCGGCUCCUACUUCUGCUUCGACAUCCCCAGCGUCCUGCAGGAGCAGCUCCAGGGGAACUUGACCUGUCCCAAUGGAACCCAUUGUAACAGCACUGGGCAUAAUGGCACACAGGACUGUGUCGAAGGCUUGGGAAUGACACCUGCACAGUACAAUUUGCUGUACGCAAUCUAUGCUUGGACAAAUGCAGUAGUGGUUAUUGUGGCUGGGUUCCUGAUUGACAAACUAGGCAAUCGCUUUGGUGUCUUUGUUUUCUCUCUUCUGACUGUGCUGGGAUCGUCAAUCUUUGCUCUAGGCUCACAUUUCAAGGGGACACCAUACCUCCUACCAAUGAUGCUAACAGGACGACUACUCUUCGGCUCUGGGAAUGGGUCACUUACUAUUGUGCAGAAUCGUAUCACAGCCUUCUGGUUCAAGGGGAAGGAACUGGCACUGGCAUUUGGACUGACACUGUCUUUUUCCCGUCUUGGGAGUGUCCUCAACUUCUUCUUCACUCAGCAGUUUGAGGCAAAAUUUGGAAUGCAGUGGACACUCUGGGGAGGUACCCUGCUCUGCGUGCUUGGUUUUGUUUCAGCUCUCACAGUCAGUGUGCUAGAUAAAGUGGGCAUGAAGCAACUGGGCUUGGAUGGGGUUAUCCAGCAAGAAUCCAAAAAAGUGCGGGUUCAGGAUAUCCGGCGACUUCCCCUUCGCUACUGGCUCCUGGUCCUCACCAUCAUGUUCUUCUACAAUGGAGUCUUCCCCUUUGUAGCAGACGCCAGCAAGUUUAUCCAGGAUAAAUAUUCUGGUUACAGUCAGCAGGCAGCAGCUUAUAUUGCUGGGGCAGUGUACGACAGCUCCCUUGUUCUCUCUGCAGCAGUUGGCAUAUUAAUCGACUAUGUGGGACUGAGAGGCAUCUUUGCUGUUGGCUGUGCAGCACUGACUCUGCCAGUCUUCGCUCUCCUGGCGUUUACAUUUGUUCCUCCGUUAGUCUCUACUGUCUGGUUGGGGAUUACUUACUCCUUUGCUGCUGCUAGUAUGUGGCCAUCCAUACCUCUUGUGGUACCCCAGGCAACAUUAGGGACAGCUAUGGGGCUUGCCACUUCUGUGCAGAUGGUUGGAGUUGGUCUUUCCAAUCUGAUCGUUGGACACAUUCUAGGAACAAAGGCCAGUGAAUUAAAGAUCCCCCUGUGGCGCUGGCAACAGAUGAUGAUCUUCAUGUUGGCAAACACUAUUGCAUGUAUUGUUGCCUCUGUAAGCCUCAAUAUUGUGGACAAGAGACAGGGUGGGACAUUGAACAGAACAAGAAAGGGAGCACCUGUGGAGCAGGACAGAGACCCUGCAGAUGCAGCACGGCUCCUAGAUGAUGAAAUGGGCAACGAAGGCUCUGUCAGCUGA